UUUCAAUUUCUGUUCCCAAUUCAAUCAAUCGAAUUCCGCGUUGGAUACAAUCGUUUGGAUGUUGAGAAAAUGAUGAGAAUGAAAGAAAAGUUGAAUCACCAUCCAGGGUUGGAAAAUUCAAAAUUGCACUUUACCUGGAACAAAGUGAGAAAGAUAAGUAAUCAAAAUGUGAUUUUCUUUUAUUUUUCUGGUAACCAAACAGAUGGUCGGAUUUCACUCUUUAUAAGUUGGGAAUGCUAUUGCUGGAAGCUUAAAUUAUGGGGUUUCUCUUUGAACAGCCGUGGGAGCUAUUGCUGAUUUGGAUUACUUAAAUUUUUGUUAGAUUAAUUGUUUUUUGAUAUUUGAGAAUGUUUUUAUUAAAAUAGAAUUGGGUUAGAUACAGAUAAAAUAUAGAAAAUGUAAUUGAACUUUUGAAUUGUUAAAUAUUCGCCUACCAUGAUUCGGGAAUACAGAUAAAUGCCACUUUUUACCUAAGAUUCACACAGAUGAGGGGCUCUCAUUGCUGUAUUUUCAUUAGAAACCUGUCAAUGUCAUUGUUGAAUUUUUUGAUUCUAGGAUUUCAUUCUGGACUACAACUCAAAUUAGAUUUUUUAUAAAAUUAAUUAUCUGAGAAGAUUAUCUUUUACAAUUAUGUAUAAAACAAGAUCUGGUUUGAAUGAACGGUCACUAAUUUUACCAUGGAAACAUAAAUGUACCUAUUAUGCUGUUAAUGAAUCCCAAUGUAAAUGGAAGCCUUUUGAAGAAAAGGAAGAGGAAAAAAAAUGUAAAAACUCUUUAUCCUAGAGGAAGAACUUUGAAGUGCAAAAUAAAUAAAAUGAAUUUAAUUUUAUCAAUUAUAACUAAUAAAUAAUAAAAAAGGUUGGAAGAAUUUUAAUGUGCAAAAUAAUUGAGAAGAUUUAUGGUGGGGAAAUCAACCAUUUUGUUCAUAAUUUUUAGGUCUUUAUAGAGUUAUCACAGUUAAAAAUCUCACCAUAUCAAUUAUCCUUGGUAACUCUUCUUUUCUUUCUUGGAACCUUAACUUUCGUCACAACCUAAUUGAGAAACCUUGGAGGACUUAUGCCUUUACUUGUUCUUAUGCAGUUGUCCCCAUUUGUCGUAGAUGUGAGGGUUUAGUCUUUAUCCUUUUUUGGCUUCUUCUUAGUAAAAUCAUUCUUUUUGGGUUUGUCCAAUCUAUUGAAUCAAGUUCCUUUUCCUUUAACCAAUUUUUUAUGAAAAUUUGAUGUCCAGGUCAAGGCCUUUGUUUGGCUAGUGGUGCAUAAGAAGGGUUAUGGCACAGCCGCACAAACUAUUCAGACUAGUUCGGAUGGAUUGGGUACCACCUAGGAUGGAUUAGGUACCACCCAGGAUGGAUUGGGUACCACUUAGGAGCACAUGGGACAUGAUGACCAUUUCAUACAUGGGUUUAGGAAAUUCCAUUAGAGAUUUAGCCCUAUUCUCUAGCUGAAUUCCUUUUGUAAAGCUUGCGGGUCCUCCUCUGUGUCAAAGAACCUGGUGAAGCAGUCUGCUACUCUAUAAGGCCUUUCUCUUUGGUGAUUGAAGAAGGGUGGAAUAUCCCAUUCCAGCAAUGGCUGCUCAAUCCCUCUGGAGAUUGUUUCUCAGAGUUCCAAGCUCAAGCCCAAGCUUGACUGCAGUAGCAACAGCAAGAAGAAAAUUUGGAAUGAGCUGUCGUAUGUCAUUCAGCAGUGAAAACAGCAGCAGCGGCAGUGGAAGCAGAGAAUUCCUAGGGUUGUCAGACGAACAGUUGAUGAAACAGUGCGAAAUGAGUACAUUCAAGUCUUCUGGUCCAGGUGGCCAGCACCGCAACAAACGAGAAUCUGCCGUCCGUCUCAAGCACCUCCCGACUGGCAUUAUUGCCCAGGCUGUUGAGGACAGAUCACAGCAUAAAAAUCGAGCAUCAGCCCUAGCUCGCUUGCGUACUCUAUUGGCUCUGAAAGUCAGGAACAGUAUAGAUCUUGAUACAUAUUCACCUCCUCUGGAGCUUCUUCAAAUUCUUCCAGCAAAAUCAACAAUCAGAACAUCAGAUUGUGGUCCACAAAUUGGCCCAAACAAUCCCAAAUUCGCUUUGGGAAUGCUAGCUUUGUUGGAUUUAAUUUUUGCAGUGGAGGGCUCUAUAUCAGAUGCAGCAAAGUUGAUGGGAUUAAGCACCGGGGCUCUAUCACGUUUGGUUCUCUCUGAUGAUUCUCUUCGGAUGGCAGUGAAUGAGCUGAGGACAUCGAAGGGUUUGAAGCCUCUCAAGUAGGAUUGACAGAUUGGGAAUACAUACUUUGGGUACAAGUUGCUGUUGAUUUAUGUUUUAACAUCAAUAUUCAUAAGAGUACAGAUGACACAUCACCUGUUCUUCAUGGGAACUGCUUUUGAACCUCAAACAACCAUCCCACCUUCUGCAUGAAAGGUGGGCUGGCUAUCAUUGUAAUGAAAAGGAAGGCUUCUUCUCAACCAUGUUUCAGAAAAUUAUAAAGAAAAAAGAAUGUUAAACUCAAAACUCUUAGACAUUUAGCAACAUUAUUUUAUGAAAGAAUUGGUCUAUUUUCUUCCAAUUUAUCAGUCAAAAUGAAUAGAACAGUUCUUCUUAA